AGGCACAAACAAUAAUCCGCUACAGGGGUACGACCAAUGUGCUCCCAUUACACCCAGCUAUCUUGUUCCACCCAAACUCCCCGCCAAGGCUCAUACUACGAACCCCGCUCGACCUACCAUCAAACCCCUCCGAGUCCCACCCCGAUCUCAUACAACGAUCCCCGCCAAGGAGCAUACUACGAUUCCCGCCCGGUCUACCCCCGAUCUCCCCGCCAAAUGUACUACGAUUCCCACCCGGUCUACCCCCCAUCUCCCCGCCAAGGAGCAUAUUACGAUUCCCGCCCGGUCUACCCCCCAUCUCCUCGCCAAACAUCAUCGGGUACUUUGCAUGAUGGUUCCUCCACGACGGCGCACCACGAAUUCAACCCAUUGACUCGCCCUCAUCAGCAGUGGCCUCCUACUCCUCACCGUAUGAGCGUGGAUGUCCCCCGCUCGACCCCGGAAAUGCCGAUUCACCGCCAACACAGCACCGACAAGCGCCACACUACCUCGGCCCGAGUUCGAAACUUGCCACCGCAACCACCUGUUGUUACUCCCGUCGGUCGUCGUACAAGGAGCAAGAAAACCGUGGGUUCCGGUGAAGCUCGUGGACUUCCUUGAGUUAUAUUUUGAGUUGAAUUUAAUUUCUAUGUACUUGGAACUAUUCCUAUUCUCUUAGUUUAUCGAAUUGAGUGUUGUUGCAAUUUGGUUUUUAAUUAAAUGAACAAAGAAUUAUUCAUAUUAUCUUAGUUUAUUUAAUUGAGUGUUGUUUCAAUUUGGUUUUAUUUCUAUGCCCUUGGAACUAUUCCUUUUAUCUUGAUAUAAUCCCAAUUCGUUCAAUCAACAAUACAGUGGAGAGAAGAGAUUGGAUUGAAAAUAGAGGAGAAAGAAAAAUUAUGAUCUUUGCACAAUCUCUCCCUUAGAGGUGUAAGUAAGCGCAAUCGAUUUGACCCUUAGAGCAACCCAACGGCGGAGUUCCCAAGCUAAUCCCUCGUUCCCUUCGCCAAAGAACGAUAAAAGCAACAAUACACAAUACACAUUUCG